AUGGCAUUUCUUCGCCAACAGGACCCAACUAGGGACUGGACGACGGCUCUGACCAGUUUCGGCCAAACGGGGGGCGUCGCAACCACAUCCAGCGAAGCUCCGCCUGGGCCGGUAAGUCAUGCAGCAGUUUCAGUACCGGAAUCGGCAGAACUCGACGCUAUCGCCACACAUUACGACUCCGACUCUGAGGAGCGUAAGAAAAAGUCGAGCCAAGGCAAGACGACUCCGGAGGGGAGCGAAGGUACAGAGAGAACGCCCGAAGCGGAGCCGGUUGUAAAGCCAAUUCCGGUCAGGCGAAAACUGGUGGUGAAAGCAGACCCCAAGGCAGACUCGCCCAAGCCGCAGAGGGUAUCGCAACGUUGUUUAGGUAAGUGGGCCUCCAGCAGGGCAAAACCGAACACGGCGGAGGACCCCAUAGAGAUCGCAAGCGAGGAAGAGCGAGCCACUCCGAAGAAGGCUGAAGGUGAACCUGUUCAAGCUACUGAUCAGGAAGACACAGGGGUGUCUCCAGUACAGAACGAACCGGGCACGACAACGGAAGGAAUGGCUGGGGGACCGAACCUCACAUCAGAGUCAGGAAGGUCUGCUGGAUCUGAGAAGGACGAGGCCUUACUCCAAGCUGAGGAGGAAGCCAGCGGAGACGACACCGACGAAGAAGAGGGAGGAGCGCAGCCUGUCGCCGCUCCGGUCGAGGGAGCGGAGUCCGUACCGCCACUACCAGCAGAGGGCACACCUGCCCAAAACAUCCCGUCACCAGCGAGUGGCGGGGGUUCUACUUCUGCCCACGGGCCACAGCCGAUAGAGGUUGUGGACAUUGACGAUGAUGAUACGGAAGAUUUCCCGCCGCCUCCCAGCGACAUUCUACUGCAGCAGAGGGAGGCUGACUGGAAUAUUCUCCAAACUGUGGAGGAGGAACCGGAGAGGGAGGAGCAUCCGCUGCGCCGCAGGACGCGCAGGAUGACAAUGGACCACUUUCUGGGGAGGCAGAGGCCUUGA